GAUAGCAAAUUAUUUUGGGAGAGAGCCGUAGGUGUUAGAAAGUAACAAUUACAUGAAUUUCUUCAGAUUGAACCAGCUUUUUUCUUCUGCGUUUAGAUCAUCUCUGAUUCAUAAACCCACCUCCAAAUCCACCAUUGAUCUUUCAAUUUUGGAGUUUCGUUUGAACCAAUGCCACGAUAUCAAGCAAUUCAACCAAAUUCUCUCGCAGAUGCUUCUAACUGGGUUCAUAAGAGACACUUAUGCCGCAAGCAGAUUAAUCAAAUUCUCAACGGAUUUCCCCUUCAUUCACAUCGAUUACACCCGCCGAAUCUUCAACUGCGUUGAGAAUACCAAUUGCUUCAUGUGGAAUGUCAUGAUGAGAACAUAUAUUCAAAGAAACUCGCCUCAUUUUUCUUUGGGUCUUUAUAAACUGAUGUUGUCGAAGUAUGUGGGUCCUGAUAAUUACACGUACCCGAUUAUUGUUCAGGCUUGUUCUAUCCGACAGUCGGAAUUUGAAGGAAAACAGGUACAUAAUCAUAUUUUGAAGUUGGGUUUUGAUUCAGACGUUUAUGUUCAAAAUACUUUGAUUAAUUUAUUUUCUGUUUGCUCGAAUAUGACUGAUGCACGGCGGAUGUUUGAUGAAAGUUCUGUUUUGGAUUCGGUGUCAUGGAAUUCGAUAUUGGCGGGGUAUGUCCAAAUAGGAAGCGUGGAGGAAGCUAAGUAUAUAUACGAUCAAAUGCCAGAGAGGAGUAUAAUUGCUUCGAAUUCUAUGAUUGUUUUGUUUGGCAGCAAAGGGCGAGUGAUUGAUGCGCGUAAAUUGUUUGAUGAAAUGCCAGAGAAAGAUAUGGUUACAUGGAGUGCACUAAUUGCUUGCUAUGAGCAGAAUGAGAUGUUGGAGGAGGCUAUGAGAACAUUCGUUGGAAUGCAUAAAAUUGGAGUUAUGGUGGAUGAGGUUGUAGCAGUUAGUGCUCUUUCUGCUUGUGCAAACUUACUGAUUGUCAAUAUGGGGAAAUUGAUUCACAGCUUAGCUUGGAGAAUUGGAAUUGAAUCUUAUAUUAACCUUCAAAAUGCUUUAAUCCAUAUGUAUUCGAAAUGUGGGGAUAUAAUGGAGGCACGGAGACUGUUUGAUGAAGCCUACUUGCUAGACCAAAUAUCUUGGAACUCAAUGAUCUCUGGGUAUUUGAAAUGUGGUUCAGUUGAAGAUGCUAAAGCCUUAUUUGAUACCAUGCCCAGGAAGGAUAUUGUGUCUUGGAGUUCUAUAUUAUCGGGUUAUGCACAACAUGACCUUUUUUAUGAGACUCUCACACUCUUUCAAGAAAUGCAGAUGAACGGUCUUAAGCCAGAUGAGACCAUGCUAGUAAGUGUAAUAUCAGCAUGUGCUCGCUUGACUGCCCUCGAGCAGGGGAAGUGGAUCCAUGCUUAUAUAAAAAAGAACAGUCUAACUGUCAAUGCCAUUCUUGGUACGACCCUCGUUGACAUGUAUAUGAAGUGUGGAUGUGUUGAAAGUGCCUUGGAGGUUUUCCAUGGGAUGGUUGAGAAAGGUGUUUCGACUUGGAAUACUCUAAUUCUUGGGUUGGCCAUGAAUGGAUUGGUAGAAAGCUCACUUGAUAUGUUUUCUAACAUGAAGAAAUGUCAUGUAGCACCUAAUGAGAUAACCUUUGUGGGAGUACUUGGUGCAUGUCGACACAUGGGUUUAGUAGACGAGGGACGGCAUCAUUUUCAUUCAAUGAUUCAUGAUCAUAAGAUAAAACCCAACAUUAAGCAUUAUGGAUGCAUGGUUGAUCUUCUAGGACGUGCAGGUAAGCUUCAAGAAGCUGAGGAAAUCCUGAACCAUAUGCCUAUGGAACCGGAUGUUGCUACUUGGGGGGCCUUGCUUGGGGCUUGUAAGAAACAUGGUGAUAGUGAAAUGGGAAGAAGGGUGGGGAGGAAGUUGAUUGAGCUUCAACCUGACCAUGACGGGUUCCACGUGUUGUUAUCCAACAUAUAUGCUUCCAGAGGUAAGUGGGAUGAUGUUCUUGAGAUUAGGGGCAUGAUGACAAAACAUGGGGUUUUGAAGACUCCUGGGUGUAGCAUGAUUGAAGCAAAUGGAGUUGUUCAUGAAUUUUUGGCAGGAGACAAAUUGCACCCUGACAUGGAUGCAAUUGAGGACAUGCUAGGUCAAAUGGCUAUGAAAUUGAAGUUGGAAGGUUAUACACCAGACACAAAUGAAGUUUUACUUGAUGUUGAUGAAGAGGAGAAGGAAAGCACUUUGUUUAGACAUAGUGAAAAGUUAGCCAUUGCAUUUGGGCUUAUUAAUAUUAAUCCACCAACACCAAUCAGAAUAAUGAAAAACUUAAGAAUAUGUAACGACUGUCACACUGCUGCAAAAUUAAUCUCCAAGGCUUUUGGUCGUCAAAUUGUGUUGAGAGAUCGACAUCGUUUUCAUCACUUUGAGCAUGGGUUUUGUUCAUGCAAGGAUUACUGGUAGCUGAUGAGGAUUCAUGAUGCUUAAACAACUUCAUUCUCAAAGAUUAUUCUGGCUGGCAACACAUCUGCUGAUUUUCAUCACAGCUGGUGAUCUAUUCUACUAUUUGAGGUCAUGCAAUCUACAAUUCACAAUGAUAGUUUAUAUACAUUUGGGAAAUUUGUUGCAAAAUUUGUUUGGUGAGCAUUUCUUCAGGGGGAAUCAAGAGUUUCCACCUCUCUAAGCCCAUAUGUGGACAUCAAGGCAAUAAUGAAGUGCCUCAAAUUGCCCAAGGUUCAUUUCGGGCCAAAUGCUGCUGCAUGGCCCAAAUCUUGGCACGGUGCUUUUAAGUCGUAAUUUUUCACUUAAAGGGAAAUAUCAGUCCAGGAGCAGAUGAUAAUGAUCACCUUCAGAUUGAAAGAUGAUGGAUCUCAUCUUCCUUUACUUUGCAUCAAACACCUUUGAGGCUACUCAAGAGUAACUUGGGUUGUUUCUUUUCAAUACCAUCAUUGCCAAAGAAAACAGCAACCGAUUUGAGCUACGUCGUCAAUGUGAUCUCACUAUAAGCACAGCGAAAAGUUUAUGGAAGGCCAGGGAAAGCAACUAAUGAUUAAAGCGGACGGAGCAAAUUUGAAGUGGUUUAAGAUAUCUUGGUAAGCAAUAUCAAAAAUCAUUGAUGUCUCUCGAGUCCAGAUCAUGGGCGGACGCAGGUGGCCCUAGAUAUAGGGGAGCAAAGCUCCGACUCCCGGUUAUCAAAGGCAAAAAAAACAUAUCUCAGUAAGCAUUAUGCAUUUUGUGAACUACUUUACUCACUUUCUUGAUACUGCUGUGUGUAUGCGUGUGUGUAGAACUUGGUUUGUUACUGUUAGCGGAAAUAAAACCGUCCGAUUUUAUUUGUUUUCAAUAGCUAUAUUAUGAAAAAAUUUCGAUGAAGUCGAGUUUUGUGAAAGUGCACACUCUA